GGUUUAUUGAAAGCAUAAAUGGUUAGCCAAAUGCAAAAUGGCAGCAAGUGUUUGGAAAACGUGCUGUUCAACCUUAAAACAUGUUAAAUUGAGCACUAAAGGCGUAUCAUUCUCUGCUAGAAGAUAUUUAUUAUCUGAAGCCUACAGUUGUCAAGAUGCAUGGAAACAAAGAUUAGAAUCCAGUACCUUACAACAAGGUUCAUUAAAUGAAUUUGCUGUUCAGCUAAGAGAGAGAUUUGAGAAAGAAAAGAAAGCCAGUGUGGUAGAUGUUGAUAUUUUAGCCAAUAGAUUACAUGAAAUGGAAGUUACGAAUGCAGAAUUUAUGGAAGAAAUACUUCAUAGGUUUAGAAGAUCUGUUGAUAGCGUACCUGUUAAUGAUUCUAUUGUUUAUGCUGUAGUAAGAGCGUAUAUUGACCUAGGGUUAACAGAUAGAUUAAUAUUACUUAUGAAAGAUAAGUGGAAUUAUGGGAUAUUUCCCAAUAAUCAUGGUGUUUGUUUUUUACUGGAUCAUUUAAUCAAAGAAAAUAAAUAUCAAGAUGCAGCACAAGUGGCAUAUGAGAUGAUGUUACAAGAAGAUUUCAGUCAUCCAGUAACUUACCUCUUAUCCUUAUAUGGUUGUAGUCAACAUUAUACCAGUAUUAGUCUUGAUCCUCAAGAAGAAAAACAAGUUGAUCCUGAUGAGGAAGAAGAUUGGAUUCCAGUGAAAUAUAUCCGAUUCCCCGUCUAUGACGACCAUUUUGAUAUAAAAGAUGAACGCUUUCUGAUGGGAAAAACCCUAUACAUAUUGGGUAAAACUUGUCAAGAUGAAGUCCUGGGAAGAAGUCUACAGUUCAUGGGUCUUGGAAUGUAUCAGAAGUUUGAAAAAGCUAUCAAAUUAUUAGAAAAUUGGGAAAAAGAUCAACCUGGUAUUCUUUUACUGAAAGAAGCGGUUGUAAAGUUUGAAGAAAGUCUAGUGAAAGCGGAGACACGACCUGAUGAAGAACCAGAAAUCGAUAUGGGUUUACGAUCUAUUGAUGAUGAAAUAAAACUUCUCAGAUUAACGGCAGAUGAAAAAGAUAAUUUUAUUCAACAAUUAAACGUAGGUUUUAUCAAGUGUACGGCAAUCUGA